AUGGCUCUUGGAAAGGAGUGGAGAGAUUUGGGAGAUGUAGGAAUAGAUGUGACCAGAAUAAGUCGUGAAGAUCUCGAACAAUUUACAAGGAUCAUAGCAACAUGGGAGGUGGUUAGAAUUGUUGAGAGGCGGAGGAAGGUUAUCUUUGGACUCAUUGACUUUAUAGCAAACUCAAAACCGGUAUCGGGGGAAAUAUCACCAGAGUUUGAUGAGUGUGUUGAGAAGGGAGUAAAUGAAGGACGAUUUUUGUUCAAUGAGCUCAUGAGGAUCUCUGGAAUGCUGGAACGGCAUUAUAGGAUGCAGGAAGAUCUUUAUUGCACAAAUAAGAUGGAAGGUUAUGAAGAGGAUCCGAGGGUAAAUAAUGGGAGUCAUGUGGGAAUCAAGUGCAAAUACAGGAAAGGAGAACGAAGAAGAGUACCCUUGGUGAUGUUCAAAGACUAUCUCCUUCUAGAUAUUAUAAAUGAGGGUUCAGUAGGUAAGGUUUUCGAAAGUGUGAAUAAAAACACUGGUCUUUUCCAUGCCGUCAAGUUUAUUCCAAAAGGGCCAAAUCGUGAUGACUGUGUAGCAUUUGAUAGAAUUGUCGAUGAGGUUAUAAUAUCCCUCAAACUAAACCAUACAAAUAUAGUGCGUACCUAUAGUGUCUUGGAAUCUGUAAAUUCUGUAAUGCUUGUAAUGGAAUACUGUGAACAUGGUGACCUGAUUAGUUUCAUCAGGAAGCACAGUCCACUCCCAGAACACACUGCUAAAAGGUUGUUCAAAAUGAUACUUGACGGUGUAAAGUACAUGCAUUCUCUAGGGAUUUGUCACAGGGAUCUCAAGCCUGAAAAUAUCCUACUGGCAUCGAGACCGGAACGAGGAAAUUUUUGUCAUGCCAUUGCGGAUGCCAUCAAUCCAUCCACAUUCUCCUUUGAACCUGCUCUAACAACAUUUAACAGACCCUGCAUAUCUAAAAGAAAUAUUAUGCAUGCAAAAGCUCAUGUUUCUACAAGGAACCUCGCAGAAAUGUAUAUUUUGAAGAUUGCAGAUUUUGGGACAGCGACAGUGUCUAGCGAACACGGUCACGUUGAUCUGGUUGGGACGAUGAGCUAUGCGGCCCCUGAGGUAUUAAGUUGUUCGUGGGAAAUUCCAUAUUCUGGGAAAUGUGCUGAUUUAUGGAGCCUUGGUGUAAUUUUAUAUGCAAUGGUCUUUGGUCAACUUCCUUGGAACGCAGAGCUGGCAAACGUCGGUGAAGCAUUUAAAACUAUUGUAGAGACUAGAAUCACAUUUCCAAAGGGUAUAAGUGCAAACAUGAAGGAUUUGAUCUCAAAACUGCUCAUCAUCGAUCCAAACAAACGUGUCACUCUCGAGGAUGUUUUUAGGCACUGUUGGUUUAGGGGAUUUACGAUUCUCAAGAGAAUUGACAGAGAGAAUGGCAAUGACAAUGUUACGGUAAAGGACGGAUCGUCAUGA